CAACUCGGAUAAGCACAGCUCGCUUCGACAACAUGUUCAACUCGUUUAUUGGCAGCACGGAUCAUCGACCAUGGACUGCUCCUUCUAGCUUCUAGAGACCCCUUCCUCGCUCUCGCUGCUUUCACGCAUACGUGUCCAUCCUCCGACUGCUAGGUGCCCUUCUCUCAUGCAACACAUCGACAUCGCUACUCUUUGUGAUCACGGAUCACCAUGAACGCCCUUAAAUCCCUCGACGCCUAUCUCUCUCGGACAUCAAACUCUCGACCACCAUCGAAUGUCAACACUCCGACCAGGACGAGCAUCCGGCUCCGGGAACCUGUCGAUAUUCCGGAGAGCAUCCUCAAUGUCACCGAGCCGGUACCCGUUGCGCCGACAGGCGAUUCCGAUUCGUCACUGGCGAACCAGGCUAGGGGCCGUAUGAGGCGGAGGGUUACACCAUCACCUCCAAGCUCUUCCAACGGAUCCCAGAAACGCAAGAGACGUCGGAAGACGGGUGCGACCUCUACGGACGGAGAGAAACGGAGAAAGAAGCGAAGAAGAGUGCCCAGCUCGGAGGGCUGGUUAGGGGGUGCCUAUGUAGCUGUCCUUGCGCUCUGGGUGUCUCUCUGGAGCACCGUCUUUGGCGACACGGAAAGAUUCCUCAAGGAUGUGAGGAACAUGCAACCAGACUCUGCGCUGGCUCUCAAGCCAGAAGGUGAAGGCGAGAAGGCAGCAGCAUCCGAGAAGGAGGUCAGGGAAGGCUCGGGAUCGGAAAGUGAGAUGAGCGACAAGAACGCGGACGAAGGCCCGGACCCCUCGUCUGGAUGGGUGGACCCAGUGACCAGAGCGCCGGCAAACGAGGAAGAGCUGUUGGAACAAGCUGAAUCUGCCGACGUACCGCCGCCUGUACAGGCCAAAGAAAGAGCUGCCAGCGUCUCGAGGGAGAGAACACUACCCGACGCAGUAUCGUUCCAGCUGCGGUCUUCAUCUCGAGGAGAUGCGCUUGCCUUGCAAAAGUAUGAAGGCGUCACGAAAGGGGCCACCAUCAGUAUCUUGACGAAUCCGACGCCUGCCGACGACGGGCCCAUUGAUGCAUCUACGUCCUCAUCACGUCGGACCAAGCUUUUGCCGAAUCCUCUCGCUCCGACGCUCCUUACCACUCGACGAAAGGGCGAGGUGGACACCUCUCAGACGAAAGUCAUCGCGGCACCCCCGUUCGCCAACCGGCCCGUCUCAAUCCCGAGAGUUCCCCUGAUGACGCCUUUCCACCUCCAAAAGACGCUCAUCUUGGAUCUGGACGAAACUCUGAUCCACUCGACGUCCAGAGCCAUGACCAUACAGUCGAGCGGCGUGGGAGGAGGAAGUGGUCUGGUCGGGAUCAACCUUUCCGGGUUAUUUGGUAGUCAGCGAAGAGGUGGCGGCGGAGCACGAGGCGAAGGUCAUACCGUUGAAGUGGUCCUGGGCGGGAGGAGCACGCUGUAUCACGUAUACAAGAGGCCGUUUGUUGAUCAUUUCUUGAAAAAGGUCUCCUCUUGGUACACCCUAGUCAUCUUCACUGCAUCGAUGCAGGAGUAUGCGGACCCUGUCAUAGACUGGCUCGAUGGUGGUAGGGGAUUGUUUGGCAAGAAGCUUUAUCGCGAUUCUUGCUCUCUCCAGCCGAACGGGUCUUAUAUCAAGGAUCUUACCCUCGUCGAACCGGAUCUGAGUCGAGUAUGCUUCAUGGACAACUCGCCCGUCAGCUAUAAUUGGAACAAAGCAAACGCCCUUCCGAUCGAAGGCUGGACAUCCGAUCCGAACGACAAGGCGCUUUUAGAUGCGCUGCCUGUCCUGGACAGCCUACGCUUCACGAGCGAUGUCCGUAAAGUCCUUGGUAUACGAGGAUUCUGAGCGAAAUCCCUGGAGGAUGAAACGAGGACGCAAGAGGACCCUGCAUAGUUCAACCAAAGUUGUAAUAGGUCCAGCUAGGACAUACGAAUUUCAAAGCAUGGCGAUGGAUAUCUCAUUGUGCAUCGAGG